AUGGUUUCCCUCGGCCUAGUGACGAUUGCUCAGAUCGUAGCAGUCGUAUUCUGCAUCAUCGAGCUUGGCCUGUCCGGCUUUGUCGCCAGCGCCUACUGGUGGCACUCGCCCGACAUUGUCAACUUCAUCAUCUUCUGCAGCGUUUGGUCGCUGCUCGUGCUGGCCUACCUCAUCCUGACGCCCAUGUUCAUGGAGCGCCUCUUCCACCAGCUUGUCUCGCUCGGCCUCCUCGCCGUGACGACGAUUUUCUGGUUCGCCGGCUCCAUCGCACUCGCGACGUGGACGGGAACGCCCAAGUGCGACAACUCGUGGUGCGGCUCGGCUCAGGCGGCCGUCGCGUUCGCCUUCUUCAUCUGGGCCAUCUUCACGGGCCUGCUGGUGCUCGACAUUAUGACAGUGAUGCGCUCGCGCGGCCACUCGACCUCGCACGCCAAGGCUGGCCACGGCAACGGCGCCACCUACCCCGGUGUCUGA